AUGCAAUUGUCUUUACAUCAAUUAGACAUUUCUAAUGCAUUCUUGAAUGGUGACCUCGAUGAGGAAAUCUAUAUGAAGCUACCACCAGGUUAUGCUGAGUUACAAGGAGAAAUUUUCUCUCCUAAUGUUGUUUGCAGGUUACAUAAAUCGAUUUAUGGUCUCAAACAGGCGUCGAGACAGUGGUUUUUGAAGUUCAAGACUACUCUUGUGGGAUUUGGCUUCGAGACAUGUCAUGGUGAUCAUACUCUUUUCGUGAAGGAAGCAAAUGGUCAUUUCUUGGUAGUUUUGGUAUACGUAGAUGAUAUUCUAAUUGCCACUACAGAUGCUACUAUGGCUUACCAUCUACGUGAUCAACUAAGUUCAGUCUUCCAACUUCGAGAUCUUGGUCCUCCUAAAUACUUCCUUGGCAUUGAAAUCGCCAGGAAUGAUGAAAGAUUCUGUCUCACUCAACGAAAAUAUGUUCUUGACUUGUUAGAGACUACCAGAUUUUCAGAUUGCAAACCUUCUGCUGUUCCCAUGAAGCCAGACCAACAAAUGUCUUUUACCAGUUUCUCUCGACGAAAGAAGAAGAAGAUGGUUAAACAGGACUUUGAGGGUGAUGAAGAUUAUAUUAUUGAGCUUGCAAAACCUACUGAUCCUACUCUUGAACUUCUUACGGAUACGAAGCAAUAUAGGAGAUUGAUUGGGAAACUUCAAUAUCUGACUAUCACCCGUCCAAAUAUUUCUUUUGCUGUGUCUAAAGUAGCUCAAUACUCCUCUGCUCCACGUAAGUUCCAUCUCCAAGCUGCACAUAAGGUACUUCGCUACUUAAAGGGUACCAUCGGCCAAGGCUUAUUCUAUGGAAAGGAUGAUUAUUUCUCGCUUCGAGGAUUCUCUGAUGCAGAUUGGGGAGCUUGUCCAGACAAUAGGCGCUCAGUUACUGGAUAUGCGAUUUUCAUAGGCCAGUCACUGGUGUCUUGGAGGUCCAAGAAACAAGAUAUGGUUUCGAUGAGCUCUGCUGAAUCCGAGUAUAGAGCCAUGAGUGUGAUAACUAAGGAGUUGUUGUGGUUUACCUACCUCUUGAAGGCUCUACGGGUACCUUUCUCUCUUCCAGUUUAUUUGUAUUGUGAUAACCAGGCGACUCUCUACAUUGCGAGUAACUCGAUUUAUCAUGAGCGCACGAAACAUAUAGAGUUUGAUUGUCACAAGGUUAGAGAAGCGAUUGAAGAUGGUGUCCUCAAGACCAUGUUUGUUCGCACUGACAAUCAACUUGCUGACAUCUUAACCAAAACUUUACAUCUGACUCCGUUUCGAAACAACAUAGGCAAGAUGGGAGUCAUUAACAUUUACUCAUCUCCAUCUUGA